AUGAAUGUAGGAUCAAUCUUAAAUGAUGAACCUCCACCAUCUAAAAAGACUGAAAGUGACGAUUCUGGCGAUUCAGUUAGACCAGAUAUGUCGACUUAUCAGAGACAUUCGCUCGUUAAUUUGCUAAAUGACCCAGCCCCAAAUAAUGAACUUAAAAAGAAGGAAAUGAAAGAAGGUAAACCUGAAGAUGAACAUUCAAGUUUCAAAGUGCCGGGAGCUGAAACGAAUAAACCGUCAUCUGGCGUUUUGAGACGGAGUUCAAUCGCGGAUAUAACGAAUGAGAAAGAUGUUGACAUUUCAAGCACUACCGGAGACCCAAUAAAACAAGAUAUACUGGAAAAGGACGAAGAUGAAUUGACUAGAAUAAGUAAACUUAAAUCUUCAAACAAGCCAAGACGAUACAUGGAACCUCCAAUAUGGGCGCAAGAAUGGAUACCCAUAUCAUACCAAGGUACGGCGAAUGGAACACCUCUUGUCAAUACCCAAGAAUCAAGCUUGUCGUCUAAGCCAGUAUUCGAUAGAACUCUGACAGUAAGUGUUGACUUAGAAUGUUCCAUAACCGGCGUGAUUCCUCCUCCAUCAGUUACUAGAACUAUAGCAGAAUGGAUUUAUGCAAAUUUUACGGAAAUUCCUGAUGAGCAAAGAAAAUAUGUAGAAUUGGAAUUGAAGUUUGGGACUAUUAUUGAUAAAAGAGCAGGCCACAGAAUAGAUAUCAAUGUAUCUACUGAAUGUAUCUUCACAGAUAAUUCCAACACCUAUUUUGAUAUGGGUGUUCAUGAGGUAGGUUGGAAUGAUAUGUGCAAAUUCUUGGACGAUUUGGAAAAAUCUUACCAAGAUGACUUACGCAGAUCAUCUCAAGCAAACAGCAACGCUCCAAAGAGAAAAUUUAAUGUGUUAGAGAGUGAUAUAACUGAUAAUUUUUAUCAGAUUACAAGUAGGAAUGAACAGCCAAAAUCAAUUCGUGUAUCAAAGGACAACUUGUUGGAUCCUCCUCGUUACACCGCUAUAAAUAAACAAAGGCUUUCAAGUUUAUUUAUUCACAACCCUUCUUCGAUGUAUGAUUUAAGAUUGUCAUUGUCAUAUGAAAAUCCUAUUCCUGACAAUAACAUCGAUGGUAUAAUCAAGAAAAACCAACCUACUUUGACGAGGAUUAAAAAGCGUAAUUCUUGGACCCACAGACCCACUGUAACAAGGUUUGAUAUGACAAGAGUAUUGCUGCCACGAGAGCUGAAAAAUAAGAGCGGAAAAAAAAUUGUGGAACAAGAUCAGUCGUUCGAAGUUGAGUUAGAGGUUGAUACGUUAGAAUUAUUUAAUGGGUUUGAUAAAUUUAAAAGUGGGGCAGAUUCGAUUAGAUUUGAAGAGUUAGUGGAGAUAUUUGUAAAUAAUGCGAGAUGUUUGAAUAACAGAGUUACGAAGUUAGCUAACAAGUAA